AUGGCGGUGCAGGUGGGUGAGACCCGGUUUGAAGCUUUCUGUGCGGGGGGCUUGGCCCCUGGCUGGAGCCUGAUGGUCCAGGGACAAGCUGACUCUGGAGAGGACAAGUUUGAGAUCAACUUCUUGUCUGAGGCGGGGGACAUCGCCUUCCAUGUCAAGCCGCGAUUCUCCAGUGCCACUGUGGUGGGCAAUGCCUUCCAGGGUGGCCGCUGGGGCCAGGAGGAGGUGUCCAGCGUCUUCCCCCUGGCCCUGGGGGAGCCCUUUGAGAUGGAGGUCAGCUCGGACGCCGAGCACUUCCACGUCUACGCCCAGGAGCACAAGGUGCUACAGUUCCCACACCGCCAGAGGCCGCUGGCCGCCAUCACCAGGGUGCGGGUGCUGAGCGAACACCGCCUGGCCCAGGUGGAGCUGGCCAAACGGAGCCUGAGCUGGGGGUGA